UUGAAAUAUUCUACAUUUUAUUUUUUGUGAUUAUCAUAGAUUUAUUUGAUCAAUCAAUCAUCUUGAAAGAACUGCUUAGCUAUGGCAGCAAUAAUGGUUGACUAUGAUUGUAAUGAUGAUGGUGAAAUCUAUCCAUUACCUCGUUUGAAGUGCUCAACAUUUCAGCGACAUAUAUCAAAUCAUAAAUAUUGGUGUGGAAUAAUCUUUUUAAUUUUAAUUGCCACAAACAUCGAAGCUGCUAAUUACGAUAAUGUUGACAUAAUCCUAAGUGAAAAUAUACCAUGUUUAGGAAGUUGGAGAUAUCCAUCAAAUUGUUCGGGUUUUAAUUGUGAUUAUAAAGCCACAUGGCAAUAUUUCGAUGAAAGUGAUGAGAUUGUAUUUACUAUUAGUACUAAAAAUCGAAACAAAUGGACUGGUAUCGGAUUCUCUGAUAAUACAUACAUGUCCAACAGUGAUGCUGUAUUGGGUCUUGUUGAAGAAAGUGGAAGAUUUUUCUUAAUGGAUAGCUUUCUAAAGGCUUAUGAAGCUCCUCCAUUGGAUUAUCAGCAAAAUCUUUAUAAUAUGAGUGCAUGGCGAGAGAAUGGUCUAACAACAUUACGAUUUUCGCGACCAAGACAAACAGGCGAUGCCAGAGAUUAUCAAUUUAGCGAUACUGAUUGUCCUUAUUUCAUGUUUCCUGUUAUGGGUGGCGUUUUCAAUGCCGUCAAUAAACGAAUAAGAAAACACGAAAGUACACCUAUUAUCUCGGACGAAAGAAUUUGUGUUCACAGUUGCCAAAUAAUGUCGCCAACAAUAUCAACAACGAUAAUGACGACAACGUCAACAACAACUUUUCCACCAUCAACAUCUAAUCAACAGAAUAAGAACAACAAUAAUAAUAACAAAGAGUCAUCUAUUCUGCCCGGAAGCGAUUUGGACACUGCUGCAGACAAAAUUAAAAUUUAUCAAGCUGAAAUCAAAUUCCUGAAUUUAAUGGAUAAUAAUAAACCACCGACAAAUGAAGUGCUUAAAAUGGUCGAACAUAAUCUGCAUCUCGAAUUGAAACCAUAUUUCGAUCGAGUCAAAAAAAUUGAGAUUAAUGAAUUGAAAAUGGAUCCAAAUAACAAUGUUGCUAUCAUUGAUUUAUCCAUUUCACAAGACGAUAAAAAUGAAAAAGAGGAUAUUCGAGCUUUGACCUCAGCACUUAAUUCCAUCAUGAAAGAUGGCCAAAUUGGAAGAUGGAAUAUCGAUUCUAAUCAUUUAGUAGUUACGCCAAAAGAAGACAAAGCUAAUGGAUGGAUGAAUUUAUUCUUGGCUAGUUUUAAUCGAUUUAAUGAAGAAGAACAAAGAUGGAUCAUUAUCGGAGCCGGAUUAUCAGCUCUGUUAUUGCUAGCUUUGAUACAAUUAUUGUGUAUGUUCUGUAGUUGUGGUUGCGGAUGUGGAUGUCGAAAGAAAAAAUCGGAGCAAGAGGAUUAUUUAGAUGAAAAAGAUGAUAAACAAUGGGCUCAUGAUCAUUAUCAAUCAUCAAUGUUCAAUGGUCUAUAUAGUGUUGAUGAUCCUUAUGGGUAUCAAGGUAAAUCCAAUAGUCUACAUAAGAAUUAUCGUGGUCACAAUGGGGGUGAUCAUGAUCCACGAUUGAUGCAAUCAUAUGCAAAUGGUCAUCAUUCUGCAUAUAGCCAUCAAAGUUUGGACCGAAGACAUUAUCAAGAACAACAGCAUAUGCGAAGGCAACAGAUUCCGAUGGGCUAUGAGAUGAAUGAACGACAACAACAACAACAACAUCAUCACCAUCAUCAUCAUAAUCAUGCAAGUCGAGGACCGAAUGGACAACAUUCACAUCUACAGCCAGAUUUUUAUUUCAUGCCACAUCAACGAAAAUAUUCGUCGGAUGUAGUUCGCGUUUUUGUUGAUUACGAUGGCAACUAACUUAUCGAUCAAUCUAAUCACUAUAAGUGUUGCUUUAAUCAUCAAUUAUUAUUUCAUAUUUUCGCCAGUCAAAUCCCCUCCUUUUUUCCACUUCAAGUUCCAUCAUUUUUUUUUAUCACAUUCAUCAUUUAUC